GAACACCAGAAUUCGGCGCCCGUGCCGUGUCACACACACCCCGUAGGGGACAGAUAGGCGGCAUGCAGGGUAUAUCCUUCCCGUGCCGCUUAGGGCUUAUCCCCGGCCUGUCGGCCAGUCGGCCUCCGGGCCCACCGGAUUCCGUCCCUCCCCACUGUCGAGCUUACAUCUUACCUUGGUCCUCGUCGCUUUUAUUCUUGGCUCUGCGCCAGAUCGGCAGGACACUGCCGGUCAACAACCUUACACAAGGCCAAGCCCUUCCUUCUCAGCCUCACAUUACAUUUGGCGCUGAACUAUUGCUUUUGCUACUUGACAUUUACAUCCGCAUCAAACUCCUUUGGUACCUAUAAGCAACGUUAGAAACCUGGAAAACAACAACCCCAGCCCCCUAUCCCAACCGACUUCGAAGUUUGAAACAUGGCCACCCCAAUCAAAUCCCUCCCCAAGUUCGUCGUCUACCGCGGCUUCCAAACCGUGCCGACGCACGUCUGGUCGCCCUUCGUGAACAAACUCGAAACCCGCCUCCGCCUGGGCAAAGUCCCUUACCGCCUCGACGUUGGGUCGCCACGGAGCGGGCCGCGCGGCAAGAUCCCCUACCUCGGGAGCGAGGGCAGCGACGAGGUGCUGGGGGACACGGCGCUCAUCACGCGCAGGCUGGUCGACGACGGGGUGCUGGCCGACCUCAACGCCGGGCUGACCCCGGCCCAGCAGGCGCAGGACCUGGCUGUGCGCGCCCUGCUCGAGGACAAGUUGUAUUUCUACCUGCAGCGCGAGCGCUGGGCCGACAACUACCACGCCAUGCGCGACGGGGUGCUCGCCGCUGUUCCAUACCCGGUUCGUCUCGUCGUCGGUAACCUCGCCUACCGCGCUGUUAUAGCGGGUCUCAAUGCCCAAGGCACGGGGCGGUACUCGGCUGAGGAGCUGCGUGAGCUCAAGCGCGAGGCGUGGGAGAGCCUCGAUGCUAUCCUCGCCGAGUCCCGUCGCAAUAGUGCGGCGGCGGGUGGGGACAAGCCGUUCUGGGUGUUGGGGAGGGCAGAGCCUACCGAGGCAGAUGCGACUGUCUAUGGGUUUAUCGCGGCAAGUCUGGUUUGCACUGCUGCUCCUGAGACGCAAAGGACCGUCAGGAGUUUCCCUGUCUUGGUGGACUAUGCCAAGAGGAUCCAUGCGGCUUACUUUAGUGAUUAUGAUAUCUGGGCCGACGAGGUAUGAACCUAUGAGGAGAGUGGUCAGGAAGUGGGAUCGUUGCAGCACCUGAAUACGGUAUCUACCUAGUAAGAUGUGUGACAACAAGUUCCUGGUCGUGCGUAGAACUCAGUGAAUGUGCCUCCUAGGACCUACUAGAUACUACUAGUAUGGAGUACAUUCUAACUGCAUUUGUUCCAGUUGGCACUAGGGGUUUUAUAAGAGCCAUGUACCGAAGUACACCUGAAACCGGUGCCAGCGUAAAAGCAGAAAGGGAAUACCUCAACGGUAAUGUUGAGUAAGUGUAAGGUACCCUACCUAUACGUGUAUUCUAGAGUUACCUAGCCGAGGUAG